CAGAGCGUUCUUGUCCCAAUCACAGCUGACUCAAAAAGGAAAAAAACCACUUUCCUUCUUCCUUUAACAAAAGAAUUCCCCCAAAACCCCAAACCCUCAAAAUUUUUCAUUUUUUCUUUGAUUUUUGCUUAAAAGUAUCGCUUAUUUUUGAGCAAAAAAGAUUGAAUACCAACUGUGUUUUUGAUAAAAUUUGAAGCUUUUAGGGUUUGUUUGGGGCUUUUUUAAAUUUUGAAAGAUCAAAUUGUUUGUUCUGAGAAAUGGGAAGUAGAAAAGAAGAAGAAAGAAACGAGAAGAUAAUAAGAGGUCUCAUGAAGCUACCUCCUAAUCGUCGUUGUAUUAACUGUAACAGCUUGGGUCCUCAGUAUGUUUGCACAAAUUUUUGGACUUUUGUUUGCAUGACUUGCAGUGGGAUCCAUCGUGAGUUUACUCAUCGUGUAAAAUCUGUAUCAAUGUCAAAGUUCACUUCACAGGAAGUUGAAGCUCUUCAAAAUGGUGGUAAUCAGCGUGCAAGAGAUAUAUAUCUUAAGGAUUGGGACCUGCAGAGGCAAAGAUUGCCUGAUAGCAGCAAUGCUGAUAAAAUCCGGGAGUUCAUAAAGAAUGUAUAUGUAGACAGAAAAUAUGUUGGAGGAAAAACAUCUGACAAGCCUCCAAGAGACAUGCAGAGUCUUAGAAAUCAUGAAGAUGAGAUAAGACGUGCCAGUUCUUAUCAUUCUUAUUCUCAAAGUCCGCCUUAUGACUAUCAAUAUGAAGAUCGGCGUUAUGGAAAACAAGCUGCUGCUGUGCUUUCUAGGAAGCCUGGUUCAGAUCGAGGCCACUAUGUUGGGAAGGUUUCUAGUUUUGUCUACAGUCCUGGUCGCUUAAGUGAUCAAAUGUUUGAGGACAGGUUUGCAAACGAGGGCUCUGCUCCUAGGGUUUCAGACUACUCUGUGUCCAGUGGAGGUGAUCCAUUCAAAUCUGGUACAGGGUCUCCAAAUUUUCAGAAGGACAUUGGAUUUAGCAGCCCAACUGCUCAACCUCCAAGAGAUGUUCUAAGUGAAGAUACACAACAUCAAACAAUCAAUUUGUUUGUGGAUCCAAGUUCCAAGAAAGAUGCUGGAGGGAUUCCACGCCCACAGAGAACUAAAUCCAUGGGCAGUUUUGGGUCAUUUGAUAGCAAUUCCAUGUCUGUCAAGUCAUAUAAUUCAGGCAUUGGACUGGAUGUUGUCUCUGAACCUGAACAAACAGCUGGGUCCUGUCAUGAUAAAGCAUCUACGUUCCCCCAAUCAUCUGUUCCUGUGAAUUAUGGUGGCCUGGAUCUGUUUACUGCAACUGAGGCUUCUGCUGCUCCACCUAUAGAUUUUUUUCAGUUACCUGCAACAUCAUCAAUUUCAUCCGAAGAUAUAUUUCAACCUGCGGCGGUAUCUACGAUGCCACCUGUGAAUUUAUUUCAACCUUCCCCAGCUACUCCAUCAAUAGACUUAAUUGCUGGGAUUGCUGAGCAGCCCCCAGCUGCAAGCUUUGAUAGAAAAUCACCAGAGUUACCUGAACCUAAAAAUGAAGGAUGGGCAACAUUUGAUACUCCUCAGCAUGCAGCAUCUAAUCCAGUAACGCAAAAUCUUUCAACUGCUGUAAUGUCCAGCGAUGGAGAUUUGUCAGUGAAGUUAGACCAAUUGUCAUCCUUAAACACAACCAUUCAGUGGCCACUGUUUGGAAAUUCUAGUGCUUUUGGGGCUACUUCAUCAAUGUCUAGUCAAUGGCAAGAGGGCUUGCAUGAUGGUCAAGCCUCCACUGCUGCAACUAGCACUCAGUCAUGGAAUGCUUUUAAUGAUUCUGCUGAAUCACUUUCUUUGGAACCACAAGUGGCAGUGUACAAUCAUUUGGCCACCACUGAUCAACAUUUGGGCUUAGGAGUUUCAGAGAAUCUUGAUAAUGAUGCAAUCCAAACAGCUGCCUCCCAUACUGGUUUCCCUGAUGCUACUUUAUCAUCAGAGGAUGGCUUGGCACCAUCAUAUGCUCCAUUGGUUAAUCCACCUUUGGGAGAGAAACAGUCCUAUGCUGCUGAUCGUAAAUCAACCAACCCGUUUGAUCUUCCUUAUGAUUCUGAAUCGGAACAAAGUGAUAUGUUCUUGGAUAUGAGUUCAUUACAAACCGCACUUCCUAAUGCUCAGUUGCCAUCCACCUAUCUUGGUGGUGUAUCGCAACCCUGGUUUCCUCAGAAUCCAGUGACACCUUGUAUCCCUGGAACACCACAAGGUGGCUUAGCAUACAUGUCCAGCCAAGCACCAAGUUCUCAAUUAUCGAAUGUCCCAGCCCAAGGGCCUGUUGCUUCCAUAGGAGGAAAUCCUUUUGCAUAGGAUUCUACUGGCAAAAGUAGCAUUUUAGUACUUUUUCAGUCAGUGGUAGUUUCCUAGUGUCAAAUGUAGCCAAUAUCUCGGUACAUUAGAAUUAAAUCUGCUGCGAAGUCAUUCCAAUUUUUUCUUUUGUGAAAAAUAAUACAUUGCCUAGGCGGAAAAUUCUUUUUAGUGCUAUGUUAUUUCGGGCCUUUUGUUUGUAUGUGAGCUAUGUUAGAAGCAGUGAUGCACCCAGGAAAGUGGUAGAGAGAUAGGUUUGUUAUGGUUCUUUGGGUGGCAAAGAUUUGAAUGUAUUGUAAUUGUGCCGGUUCAUAGGCUCUAUAAGUUAUUCUUGUUUGCUGCUUUUUCAA